CUCAGUCCUCCAUUAGCCGAACACCAGCGCGGUUCGAAAUUCGUGUAGUGCUGCGAUUUGAUUGUUCGAGAUCCCUCCUUUUUGGAUAGGUUACUUUUCGCAACCUGGCGUGGCUCUCUUGGCUGCACGGGUCGAUUGUUUUGUUUUCACUUUCCGAUAGCGGUCGACGGUUUAUUCUGUAGUGACUUGGACAGUACUGCAAGCUAGGUUAUAUCACGACGCCUCAGCAUGCCAGCAGAGGCACUGGACCAAUAGAAGACCAAGUGCGUGCGAGUUUCGAUACAAAUUGUGAUCGUUGGGAAUGUAACGAACAAAAAAAAACGUGCGAAUGUCCGUAUCUCACGAUCUUUCAUCGGACCAAUAAACCGACGAAACAGGUGGAACGUUAUCAAAUUGUUGUGCUUUCCCAAAAAAAAAUCGAUCUGAACACCGUAGUGUUCGAGAAAAGUAAACGGUGGAAACGCAACGUGCAAGUGUUAAUUACAAACUGUUGCUUCGCUGUGGUCGUGUAAGCUAAUUGUAAUUUGGAUACGGAUAACCGGUGUGGUUUAAAGUGAAUCACCAAAGAUUACAUCAGAAAGUUGUUCGUAUGAAGUAAUAACAAAUUGUCUACCGAUUUCGACUUAAGUUGAUCUAACGCAGUGCAUAUUUGCUCAACAGAGAAAUACAGAUCAACUAUCCCGAACGUUCGAUCUCUGCAUGCAAAAAGGUCUGAAGAUUUACAAGAGAAAAUCUUCACAAAUUGAUCGAAACAGUGCACCCAUUAGAAGACAGUUGCAGACCGCAGUAGCAGAUAAAAACCCCAACGGCAGCCACCAUUCACCGAUAGGACAAAAUGGUUUCAACGCGGUUUGAAGUAUCGAGCUCACCGCCCAUACGAUACCCAAAAUCAAUAUUCUUCAUAAUCAGCAAUGAAUUCAGCGAACGCUUCAACUACUAUGGAAUGCGAACUGUUUUGGCUUUGUACCUCACACAAAAACUCAACUACGAUGACGAUUCGGCCACCGUGAUAUAUCACGUAUUCACCAGUUUGGCUUACUUUUUCCCACUGAUGGGUGCCAUCCUUGCCGACAGUUUUCUCGGAAAAUUUAAAACGAUCCUGUACCUGUCCAUCGUUUACUGCAUCGGAAGUACACUGAUUGCAAUGGGGGCUAUCCCGCCCCUCAAUCUUCCUGCGACAUCGAUGACCGUGAUAGGGUUGCUAUUCAUUGCGGUUGGGUCCGGUGGAAUCAAACCGUGUGUUUCGGCAUUUGGAGGCGAUCAAUUCAAGCUACCGGAGCAAGCAGUUCAGCUGGCUAAAUUUUUCUCCUUGUUCUACUUUGCUAUCAAUGCCGGUUCCCUCAUAUCAACCACAUUAACACCAAUUCUCCGAGAAGACAUUCAUUGUUUCAAUGAAACUGAUUGUUUUUCGCUCGCCUUUGGAGUGCCGGCAGUGCUAAUGAUUUUCUCCAUACUGGUGUUUGCAUGUGGCAAAUCGAUGUACUCGAUCAAAAAACCAGCGGGCAAUAUGGUUGUACUGGUAUUCAAAUGCAUUGGAAACGCUUUGUCAACGAAAGUCAAGGAACAAGAUGAAAAUCCGAGAUCUCAUUGGUUGGAUUACGCCGAGAUGAAAUAUGGAAGACAAAUCGUGCAGGAUAUCAAGUCACUUAUGAAGAUUUUGGUAUUGUACAUUCCACUGCCUGUUUUUUGGGCACUUUUCGACCAACAAGGAUCUCGAUGGACUUUCCAAGCUACGAGGAUGAAUGGUGAAAUAGGAGCAUUCACAAUCAAACCCGACCAAAUGCAAGUUAUCAAUCCCCUGCUAAUUCUUGCAUUUAUUCCCUUCUUCGAAGGAUUAGUUUACCCCGUUUUAGAAAAGGUAGGCAUUCGUACUCCUUUGCAAAAGCUCUCUUUCGGCGGCAUUCUAGCGGGAGCAGCAUUUGUUCUAUCAGGGUUUGUUGAACUCGCACUGGACGAAACUAAUGCAGUUAUGCCCACGCCAAUGGAGUCUCAGCUGAGAAUAUACAACGGACUGCCGUGCGAUUAUCACUUCAAAUCGGAAAUACCUAACUUCAACAACUUCACCGUGCAAUCGAUUGGCGCCUUCGAAGCCAUCCACGUGAGUACCAUGCAGAACACUACAUUCCGAUUCACAGCUGAAACUACGGAGAGCUUUUGCGUGAAAGCAAAUAUGUCCAACAUCACGGGAACCUUCUAUUUGAACCCUGGAAAUGCAGUAAGCUACUUCAUCAGCCAGAAAGCAAACAACGUUAAUCUUCUAGAGUACGCAGACUCAGCGGAAAAGGACAAACGUGGCCUUCCUCGGGUGAGAUUCUUGGCAAACAUAAAAACCGCCAAAAAAGUGCUGCUCAAAAACAGCUGGAACACUGAUGCUCAGUAUAAUGUGUCGUUGAACACGUAUGAUCAGUUUCCUGUAGCGGAUGGAGAAUACGACCUGUAUAGUGACAAUGGAACGAGGAAAAUUGCUUCUGUGAAGCUGGAACUAGGAGGAGUUUACACCGUUAUACUGCACGAGGUUUUGGAGAACGAAUUUAAACUUCAAAGACACACCGUAACUCCCUCCAACUCUCUGCACAUGCUCUGGCUGGUACCGCAGUACGUGGUCAUCACAGCCGGAGAAGUGAUGUUCUCAAUCACUGGUCUACAGUUCUCCUACUCGCAAGCGCCCGAGAGUAUGAAGUCCGUCAUUCAAGCCUUCUGGUUGCUGACGGUUGCAAUCGGAAACAUGCUGGUCGUGUUUAUUGCCGAGGCCAAAUUCGUCGAAUCUCAAUCGGUCGAGUUCUUCUUGUUUGCGGUGCUGAUGUUCCUGGAUAUGGCGCUCUUCAUGAUCCUUGCAGCUCGCUAUCACUACUCGGAGGACGACCACAAGGAUAUCGAAUCGGGUGAUAUGAAGAAACCGGACAUUGAUAAGAUGGACGACGUUCCAUCGAAGCUCGAUCAAGGUCCGUUGGAGAAGGGAUUGGAAGCUCCAAAGGCGGCCUACACGAACGAAGCAUACCGGGAAGACUGAGUGCUGUGAAAGUUAGAAACUAAAUGUUCUCUCUUAUGGUAUUAAUUUGUUUUCAGUAUAUUUUUUGAAUGGUUUAUUUUUAACCUGUUCUGUUUUCUGUUGUGAAAAUAUUCUAAAUUACAAUUGUCGAUGUAAAUUGCUUUGUAGUAAGAUUUCUUUAAUUUAAAGAAAAUAAUUGUUAAGUAACGAAUAAACGAUAAAAUGAACAAUA